UGAGGCUGAGGCGGCGAGGCGGCCGGGAGGGGGGCGGCUAGUGGCCGGAGCGACACGCGCCCGUCGCGACCCUAUGCAGUGACUCGUGCGGCGCAGGCGCCUCCUGCCCUGCCGGCGGGGCCCAGGCUUACCGCGGCGGGAUGUUCUCCCGAAGGAGCCACGGAGAUGUGAAAAAGUCCACGCAGAAGGUGCUGGACCCCAAGAAGGACGUGCUGACCCGCCUGAAGCACCUGCGGGCGCUGCUGGAUAAUGUGGAUGCAAGCGAUCUUAAGCAGUUUUUUGAGACCAACUAUUCUCAGAUAUAUUUCAUCUUCUAUGAAAAUUUUAUAACACUGGAAAAUAGUUUGAAGUUAAAAGGGAAUAAUAAGUCACAAAGAGAGGAGCUGGACUCCAUCCUCUUUCUAUUUGAAAAAAUACUGCAGUUUCUACCUGAACGAAUUUUCUUUCGAUGGCAUUACCAGAGUAUAGGCUCAACUUUAAAGAAGCUUUUACACACUGGAAAUUCUAUUAAGAUAAGAUGUGAAGGAAUCAGACUAUUUCUUUUGUGGCUUCAAGCACUUCAAACAAACUGUGCAGAAGAGCAGGUGCUGAUUUUCGCUUGCCUAGUGCCUGGUUUCCCAGCGGUCUUGUCAUCCAGGGGUCCCUGCACGCUGGAGACACUCAUCAACCCUAGCCCUAGUGUAGUUGAUGCAAAAAUAUACCCAGAGGAAAUCACCCCACUGCUGCCAGCCAUAUCAGGGGAGAAGAUUGCUGAGGACCAAACCUGCUUUUUUCUUCAAAUACUAUUGAAAUACAUGGUUAUUCAGGCUGCAAGCUUGGAGUGGAAGAAUAAAGAGAAUCAAGAUACUGGUUUUAAAUUUCUUUUUACGUUGUUUCGAAAGUAUUAUCUUCCUCAUUUGUUUCCAUCAUUUACUAAGUUAACCAACAUCUACAAACCUGUACUUGAAAUUCCCCAUUUGAGACCAAAGCCAGUAUAUGUUACUGUAACCCGAGAUAAUGAAACAGUUUACAGUACAAAAAUUCCAUACAUGGCAGCUCGUGUUGUUUUCAUUAAAUGGAUUGUAACUUUCUUUUUGGAAAAAAAGUAUCUAACUGCAACACAAAACACUAAAAAUGGAGUUGAUGUAUUGCCUAAAAUCAUCCAGACUGUUGGUGGUGGUUCAAUACAAGAGAAGGUGUCAGAACUGGAUGGUGCUGGGUCCACAGAGCAGGACAAAAGCCAUUCUAACAGCAGCACCUUGUCUGACCGAAGACUCAGCAACUCCAGUCUCUGUAGCAUUGAAGAGGAGCAUCGGACAGUAUAUGAGAUGGUGCAGCGGAUCCUCCUGUCAACACGGGGUUAUGUGAAUUUUGUGAAUGAAGUAUUUCGACAGGCAUUUUUGUUGCCUUCCUGUGAGAUAUCUGUCACAAGAAAAGUAGUUCAAGUGUACAGGAAAUGGAUCCUUCAGAACAAACCUGUGUUCAUGGAAGAACCAGAUAAAAAGGAUGUUGCUCAAGAAGAUGCUGACAAGUUAGGUCUUUCAGAGACUGACUCCAAGGAGGCCUCAUCUGAAAGUUCUGGUCAUAAACGGUCAUCCAGUUGGGGACGUACGUAUUCCUUCACAAGUGCCAUGAGCAGAGGCUGUGUGACAGAGGAGGACAACACAAAUGUGAAAGCUGGGGCCCAAGCUAUGUUGCAGGUCUUUCUUACAAAUGCUGCAAAUGUCUUUUUGCUGGAACCAUGUGCCGAAGUUCCCAUGCUCCUGAGAGAACAAGUAGACGCCUCUAAAGCUGUUCUGAUUAUUUUUCGGCGAAUGAUAAUGGAGCUUACAAUGAAUCAAAAGACAUGGGAGCAGAUGUUGCAAAUCCUUCUCAGGAUAACAGAAGCUGUCAUGCAGAAGCCAAAGGAUAAGCAUGUAAAGGACUUGUUUGCCCAGAGCUUGGCAGGGUCGCUCUUCAGGACACUUAUCGUGGCUUGGAUCCGAGCAAACCUCUGUGUGUACAUUUCUCGGGAGCUCUGGGAUGACUUUCUCCGGGUGCUGUCAUCCCUUACGGAAUGGGAGGAACUCAUCACUGAAUGGUCUAACAUUAUGGACUCCUUGACAGCUGUGCUUGCGAGAACUGUGUAUGGAGUUGAAAUGACAAACCUACCUCUAGAUAAGUUAAGUGAACAAAAGGAGAAGAAGCAGCGAGGCAAAGGUUGUGUCCUAGAACCCCAAAAAGGAACCGCUGUUGGGAGAUCCUUUUCUCUCAGUUGGCGUAGCCAUCCAGAUGUGACUGAGCCAAUGAGAUUCAGAAGUGCCACCACAUCUGGAGCACCAGGAGUGGAGAAGGCAAGAAAUACUGUCCGUCAAAAAGCAACUGCUAAGCGAAGCCAGUCUAUCAGCAACUGUGUCCACCUCUCUGAGGCUUUGCCUGCUACUAAAAGCGUCCCGCUCCUCCUCCAUACCGUGAGCGCUCUCUUACCUGGUCUCUCUUACUCCUCUUGCUCUCACAGGCUGUCAGAAGUGGAGGAGUUCCAACAGGCAGAGAGCACCCCUGCAGCUGACUGUGACUAUCUUGUGGUAGGACAGCAGCAGGUGCCCCGGAGCAGCAGCACCUCUGACAUCACUGAGCGCUUGUACUCCGACUCCUCUCAAGGUUACAGCCCCAUGCUGCCUCAUCCUGCUUUUUCCAUGACUCCUGGGGAUCAGAGCUCGGGUCCUCAUGCUUGCACAGCAGGCCCUUUACAGUUGAGCCGGCUCCCAGGCGCAGGUCAAAAGGUAGAACAUUUGCAGAAUUUGAGCUCUUCAGAACCCAAGUCUGUUCAAGAGAGUAAAGGACAUGUGACACAUGAACAUGAAGGAAUACCAAUGUUGGUUCGAAGGAGCAGCAGUCCUGCUGAGCUGGAUCUGAAGGAUGAUUUACAACAGACACAUGGAAGAUGCAGGGAGAGACAGAAAAGUGAAAGUACUGGUAGUGACACAGUUGUGGGCUACAGCAAUGAAGCAGAGCUACCCGUGAGCCCAUGGCAGGCCUGUGAGGAGGACCCGGACCUGAGCGCUCCCACAGAUGCUGUGGCUGACUCUGAUGCCCGCCACUGGUUACAACUGAGUCCUACUGAUGCUUCAAACUUAACAGACAGCAGAGAAUGCCUUGCAGACGACUGUAGCAUUAUCGCUGGAGGAAACCUCACUGGUUGGCACCCAGACUCUGCUGCUGUGUUGUGGCGAAGAGUCUUGGGAAUCCUUGGAGAUGUGAAUAGCAUCCAGUCACCGAAGAUCCAUGCCAAGGUUUUUGGCUAUCUCUAUGAACUGUGGUACAAAUUGGCCAAGAUACGAGAUAAUUUAGCAAUAAGCCUGGAUAACCAGUCGUCUCCAUCUCCUCCUCUCUUGAUCCCACCACUCAGAAUGUUUGCAUCAUGGCUAUUUAAGGCUACAACUCUGCCAAAUGAAUAUAAAGAAGGCAAACUGCAAGCCUACAAACUGAUCUGUGCCAUGAUGACCAGACGCCAGGAUGUUCUACCAAACUCUGACUUCCUGGUGCAUUUUUACCUUGUGAUGCAUCUGGGAUUAACCAGCGAGGACCAGGAUGUCUUAAACACCAUCAUAAAAAACUGCUCACCCCGCUUUUUCUCCCUGGGUUUGCCUGGCUUCUCAAUGCUGGUGGGGGACUUUAUCACUGCUGCUGCCAGGGUCCUCAGUACAGACAUGUUGGCGGCACCCCGUUCAGAAGCUCUCACUCUCCUUGGCUCCCUUGUCUGCUUCCCAAAUACGUAUCAGGAGAUUCCUCUGCUGCAGUCAGUGCCAGAAGUGAGUGAUGUUGUCAUGGGAGCUGAAGACGUCAAGCAUUACCUCAUAAAUAUUUUACUGAAGAAUGCUACCGAGGAACCAAAUGAAUGUGCAAGAUGCAUCGCCAUUUGCUCCCUUGGGGUCUGGAUCUGUGAAGAGCUUGCACAGUGUCCCAGCCAUCCUCAGGUGAAGGAUGCCAUCAAUGUGAUAGGUGUAACUUUGAAGUUUCCUAACAAGAUCGUGGCUCAGGUAGCCUGUGAUGUUCUUCAGUUGUUGGUUUCCUACUGGGAAAAGCUUCAGAUGUUUGAAACUGCUCUACCGCGAAAAAUGGCAGAAAUUCUUGUGGCCACAAUUGCAUUCCUUUUACCAAGUGCAGAGUACUCAUCAGUGGAAACAGAUAAAAAGUUUAUUGUGUCCUUGCUCCUUUGUCUCUUGGACUGGUGCAUGGCGCUGCCAGUGAGUGCCCUCCUCCACCCUGUGUCCACGGCAGUUCUAGAGGAGCUGCACCCAUCCCGGGCCCCCUUGCUGGAUUAUAUCUAUAGGGUUCUGCACUGUUGUGUCUGUGGCUCGAGCACAUACACACAACAAAGUCACUAUACUCUGACCUUGGCUGACCUGUCAUCCACGGAUUAUGACCCUUUCCUACCUUUGGCAAACGUGAGGAACUCCGAGCCAGUCCAGUAUCAUUCAUCAGCAGACCUGGGGAACCUGCUGACUGUGGAAGAGGAAAAGAAGAGAAGAAGUGUGGAACUGAUCCCCCUUACUGCACGAAUGGUCAUGGCCCACCUAGUGAACCACCUAGGCCACUAUCCACUGAGUGGGGGCCCUGCUGUGCUGCACAGCCUGGUCAGUGAGAACCAUGACAAUGCCCAUGUAGAAGGAAGUGAGCUGUCCUCGGAGGUGUUCAGGAGCCCAAACCUGCAGCUCUUCGUAUUUAAUGAUAGCACCCUCAUCUCCUAUCUUCAGACACCAGCAGAAGGACCAGCUGGAGGGACUUCAGUGGGCUCCCUCUCAGAUGUGAGAGUCAUUGUGAGGGAUAUCUCAGGGAAGUACUCUUGGGAUGGCAAGGUUUUGUAUGGACCUCUGGAAGGCUGUUUGGCACCCAAUGGAAGGAAUCCCUCAUUUCAGAUUUCUGGCUGGCAUCAUCACACAUGUGGACCUCAGAAAGAUUUGUUUCAUGGUGAGGAGGGAGAUGAUGUGCUUGACAAAUUACUUGAAAACAUUGGCCAUACAAGCCCCGAAUGCCUUUUACCAUCACAACUAAAUCUAAACGAGCCUUCCCCAACCCCAUGUGCAAUGAACUGUGACCAAGAGAAGGAAAUCAUCGAGGUCAUCCUGCGCCAGAGCACACAGGAAGAUGAGUAUGUGCAGAGGUGUAACUCAGAUUCUUCAGUAAAGGUCACCAGCCAAGGGCAGCCCUCACCGGUGGAGCCCCGGGGACCCUUUUAUUUCUGCAGGUUGUUGCUUGAUGACUUGGGAAUGAAUUCCUGGGACAGAAGGAAGAAUUUUCAUUUGUUGAAGAAAAAUUCAAAAUUAUUGAGAGAGCUAAAGAAUCUGGACUCGCGUCAGUGCCGCGAGACCCAUAAGAUUGCAGUGUUUUAUAUUGCUGAAGGUCAAGAAGACAAGUGUUCCAUUCUAGCCAAUGAAAGAGGAAGCCAAGCAUAUGAAGACUUUGUUGCUGGUCUUGGAUGGGAGGUGGAUCUCUCAACCCACUGUGGGUUUAUGGGUGGUCUUCAGCGCAAUGGCAGCACUGGACAGACAGCCCCUUACUAUGCUACCUCAACUGUGGAAGUAAUUUUCCACGUUUCCACUAGGAUGCCAUCAGAUUCAGAUGAUUCGCUCACCAAAAAGCUCCGUCACCUGGGGAAUGAUGAGGUCCACAUCGUCUGGUCUGAACACUCCAGGGACUACCGCAGGGGUAUUAUCCCAACAGCCUUUGGAGAUGUUUCCAUCAUUAUUUACCCAAUGAAGAAUCAUAUGUUCUUUAUCACGAUAACGAAGAAGCCUGAGGUUCCAUUCUUUGGGCCUCUGUUCGACGGAGCGAUCGUGAGUGGGAAGCUGCUGCCAAGCCUUAUCUGUGCCACGUGCAUCAAUGCCAGCAGAGCGGUGAAGUGCCUCAUCCCACUCUAUCAGAGCUUCUACGAAGAGCGAGCUCUGUAUCUGGAAGCAAUAAUUCAAAACCACCGGGAAGUCAUGACAUUUGAGGAUUUCGCUGCUCAAGUCUUUUCCCCCUCUCCUAGCUACUCUCUCAGUGGAACGGAUUAAGAUACAUACUGUUCUUGUUACGAUGCUUGAGCAAGGGGUUUUGACCUCCAGCCUGAGUAUGGACCCCAAGAAAAUCCUCCAUGUGGAAGAAAGAGGCACAUAUUUCCCCUGAUUUCCUCAGAACCAUCAAAAUCUAGACUUCGGGAACCUGCCACUGUGCCAGCACAUGUAUGUAGCAAGCCUCCCCAUGGUUGGGCCCCCAAGAUCAGAGGCGAUCUAGUUUGUGAGGAACCUUCAAGCAAGGCUGUGUCCCUCUUGUUGUCUUGGAAUCUCGCCAACCAAGCCUUGGGUAUCAGAAGAAGAAAAGAAAGUCACCACCAACCAGGAACAAACCUGCUGUCAUACGGGCAAUGGAGAAGCCUAAAGUCUCUAGGAGAAUACAGUAGCAAAAGAUUUGGGGCCCACAGGGAAGGGACAAAGGGCACUUGUCUGUAUCGCCGAAUCAUUUUCCUUUCAUUUAUACACCCAAGCUUGAUUCCCAAAAGGGCUGACAAAAUAACUGUGUAAUUGUUGGAGGAAUUUCCUCCAUACUGAUUUUGCUAAUCCUUAUGUUAGGAUUUAUAGUUUACUCAAAAUUUCAUCAUUAUGGAAACUGGCUGUCCCCAGAGUCUUUUCCCACAGGAAGUUUCACCUCCACCAUUGAACCUUUUCCACCUGGAGCGGAGGCCCCACUGACUUAAGAUUCUCCUGACAACACAGUGUUCUAUCAGGUGAUGUUCCCACACAGAGCGAGCAGAGGGCAGGGGCCAGGGGGAGUGACCAUGCAUGAAAAUAUGGGAGUAUCCACAUGAGAGCACUAAGCAGAUGGAUAGCACCCCUGCCCAGCCCUGCCCAGCCUAGCCCAGCACCACAAACAUCAGUACACAAGAUUAGUGCCUGCUCCAGGGCUGACCAACACCCCCAUUGUGUCCAGUGCUCAUCUGCAGUCUUCUUCCUGACUGCUGUUCAGAGUCCAAGACAGGCCUCAGAAACAGUACUUGUCACAUGAGUUUUAGGGUAACAGAUUCCAGGCAAUAGAUUUGAUCUUUUUAUACACACACACACACACACACACACACACACACACACGCUCGCGCAUCAAAUUUUAUAUAUUGGCUCUAAGAAAGGUGUGUUGUGCCUAUUAGGGAUGGGAGGGAAGGAAGGAGUUAAAUGUGUCCCUUACUGGACAUGACCAUCUCGGACCUUAGAAUUCGACAACUAAGCAUUCACAGGGAAGACUUCUGUGUGGUCUCACACACACACACACACACACACACACACACACACACACACCCCACACCCGUGUUUCUGUCCUGGCCCUGGUGCUGUCUCAGAGUUCCAGUUUUGCUUCCUUCCCUGCUCUACUUCAGAGCAAAACAGAAAAUGCUGCAGAGAUCAUCUCUUGCUUCAUGGACCUGCUAUGUGACGCCAUUCCCAGUGCACAUAUAUAGAUGAGCCCUUCGCUCAAAGCAGGAAAGCAGCCAUAGAGGAUAGACUCAAGGGGCUCAGGCAUGGGAAAGAAUGUCCUGGCUGUGGCCACCUCUCUACCUUCCUCUGCCCUCUGACCUCACACAUGUUACUACUCCUAGCCUGCUUGGUCACUUCUCUCAGCCUGCUUACCCACCUCAUCAGUGUCCAUUCCCCAGAGAAGUCAGCCUUUUAUAUCUACUACAGAGCUGAUUUGGCUGCUACUGACCUUGGAAGAGGAAAAAAAAAAAAAAAAAAAAAAAAAAAACGGAGCCAGAAGCCAUACUCAGUCUUGUAGUGAGUGGGAAUUCUGAGAGUGAGCCGUUCUAGGAGCACCUUCCCACUACAGGGAAAACCCGUCCUCCUGCAGUGACAGGAAUACAGCAGCCUCUCAGCCAGGCCCACAGACAGAAGCACCAAGGUCAGAGAGAACAGGACAUGGCAAAGCAGGAAAGGGGCCCUGUGUGCUGUUUCUAAGGGUCCAGGAUAUUCACUUAUUGGAGGUUGAUGGUGACAGAAGGGAAAUAGGCUGUCAUGACAUUUCCCAUUGUGUCAGUGAAACCUUGAUUCUUAUCUGUGUGUCUGUCUGUCUGUGUGUUUGUGUGUGUGUGUCUAUGUGUGGCCAGUAUUGCUCAGAUUUCUGUUAUUGAUCUGUUACCAGACCUGGUUCCUGCAGAAAGCGCUUCCCAAGUCCUGGGCACUAAAGGCCCCUGCAGCACCAGGUCAUGAAGUAGCUUCUGCAGGAACACUUAUCUUCAGGCCCCAUAGACCCCUGCUGUGAAAUUCCUGUCAUUUUGGAAGUCUUUCAUUUUCAUCUUUUUCAGUCGUAACAGAACCCAGGGCCACAACCCAGGUCCCAGAGGUCCUGUUUAACUCACAGAUGUCUCUUCAUAAUUCCAUUUGCUUCUACAAGCCCUCAGACUUGGAGUGAGAAAUUCAAUUGGAGGUAGCAAAUAAUUUGAACUUCUUGUAACCUAAUGAUUUUACCAACCCCACACCCAGGUUGACAGCAACAGUUUAUGCCUGUUUAUGUUUUACUUAUUUAUUUAGUCCAUGGGUCUUGGGCUGGUAAUAGCUCUGGUUAGAGACCUAAGAGCUGGAGAGUAGAGACUCUGGCAACCAUGUUUGAUUGCAUUCAGCAGCUCUUGUUAUUUAGGGUAGAAAAUUGAAAUGAUCAAGUUUGGUGUUUCCUUUUGUCAGUUAGAAAAGCAAAUAUUGUGUUUUCAUAAUAAAUGUCUUUUAGCAAAAUUGCUAAGGGUCACUCAUCUGGUGAGACCCUCCCGAGAGCCACUUGUCACAUUAGUAUUAGUAGGUCAGCCAUCUGUGAUAAAAGUGUCCCUAAUUACCACAAAGUGUGGCAAGACUCUCUGGGCUCCUGCAGGGCCUGGCCAGUACCCGCCCUUCUCCACAUGCUGACUUCCCGAUGUCCAUAAAGAGGGAAACUGAUAUUUAUAGUCUUGUUGAUUAGACUUUCAUGCUGUUUAAAAAAAAAAAAAAAGUAACCCCACAAAACUUGGAUGCUUUAAAAAUAGCCAGACCUUCAGCAGACUGAAGAAAAGAAAUAUGGCCUGGUGAGUGACUCCCAGAGUCCUCAGCAGCCAUGCUGGCAGAUCUUGAGAGCCCCAGGAAUGGACUCUGACUCUGCCAUAUGCUGUUUAGUAGGACCCUUAGCCUUAUAAGGAGAUCACACAGCUCCAGAGAGCCAUGCAAACCCUGUCUUCCUGACUAUCCUCAGGUGUCCUUUCCUUUUCUCCACUGACCUGUCGUGGAGGUUUGAUGAACCCGCUAAACCUUCCUGUGUGUCUUACAUGUAGCUGUUCACUCCAUACUUACUGAAGGGAAUGUCACAUCUAAGGGAAACUCACCCAGAGACACCCAUCCUUGUAUUUGCACCCAGUUCUAUGUAUAUGAUGUACACAGUAAGCAAGCAUUUCCUUAGUUUCAGGUCUACAAUAUUUAGUAUGUGUAAAUAGGGGGACAUUUGAUAGAGAUGAUAAAUUAAGUUAUAGCAUGUCAUUUGAUUGUUCUGAUGUCUCUUUGUUAUUUAAUUUCCCAGUGCUGCACAACUAGGUUGUUCUGAGGGGCGUGUGGUUGGGCGAACCUCCAGACCUGUUCCACAUUGUCAGGAGUGUACAUGUGCACUAGGGACACACUCCAUAAAGGCAGCCAUGCUGGGAAAACACUUAGCUCCAUAAUGGUGCCACUCAACUCUAGCUCGCUCUUUUUUGUUCUGAUUGACUGUGAUGAGUUGAUGAGUGAGAAACACGGCACCUAGGUGCUGCAUGUUUCUGACAUUCUUAUAGUUUGUAGAAAAUAAAAGUUUAUCACACCAUCUAA